AUGGCGGCAUCUCCGUUCACCUACUCAUCAACAUCUCGAAGAGUCACUCCUGCCCCAAACUCUCCUCCACUUCCAAUUCACAUCAAGGCCACCAAUGUCGUAUUCAACCCUGACAUUCCAGUGGUUCAUCGAGGUCUUGGACUCGAUGAUUUCGUCAAUUUCUUGACUUCUUGCCGCCUCCGAUACGCAAUCAGUGACGUACCAUCCGAGUUCUUCCCUGAACAAGUAUGUGAGUUUUACUAUACUGCAACAGUUAAUGAAGAAAACAAUGCCAUCACCGGAACAAUUGGCCAUGGCAGACACUCCGUCUUUAUCACUGCAGAGCUUCUCAGCGCUGCUUUACGAUUACCUCUGUUCGAACCUUUUUCUGAACCCCAACUAUUGAAAGAUGUAAACGCAUGUUUGAUCAACUGGGCUAUGAUCAUUCAAAGGCUGUGUGUGGGCCACAAGUCUCGGAGUGGUGAUCAAUUGAGUAAUUAUGAGCAACAAGUCGUUUGGUCUCUUCUUCUCAACAAAAGACUGGAUUAUGGGGCACUAUUCUUUGAUCAGCUUGUUCAACUUUUACGUGCAAAUGUGCGUGCUGAUCAUGUUCCCUUUCCUCGCUGGAUUGCCCUGGUGUUCGACAAAUUCUUCGCUGCUGAUUAUUUUUCUCACUCUGGGAAUCCAAUCCAAUGCCCUCGCAUGUCCGUUCGCAUGUAUCAGGAUGAUCCUUUGGAUUCAGACAUUGGGAUCUCAGAUAGGAUGAGAGAAUGGAUUGCUCAUCCAUACACUAUGCCUUCUCUCUCAGCUGAUACUGAUGAAGGAGGUGCUGAUGGUGAUCAUGUGGAUCAUGCUGAUCAAGAAGUGGAUCGUUAUGAUGGCGGCCAUUCCUCUCCUCCACCUUCUCCUCACCUUACCCCUGUCACUGGUCCUGCCUCCUUAGCUCCACAGGAUCUCAUGUCUCAAGGGGAGCAACCAUCUCAGGGGGAUCAUCAGUCUCAGGGGGAGCAUUCUUCUCAAGGGGAGCAACCAUCUCAAGGGGAUCAUCAGUCUCAGGGGGAGCAUUCUUCUCAAGGGAUGCCUCUCUCUCCGGGGGAGCAUUCAUCCCCAGCAGCUCACCACUUCUCUCCAAGGAUGCAAUCCAGCUUUCCAGUUGCUCCAGGAACAUCCAUGAUUCAAAUUCCUGCUUCCGCAUUCUCUGAACUGAUGUCACUGACUCGGGACAUGAGUCAGCGUCUGCUUAAUAUUGAGGCUGAUGUUCAGCAAAUCAAGGAGGUUCUUUUACUUACUCCUGCUUCUCGUCCCAUAUCCAAUGAUGUUCAAAAAAGGGGAGAUACUGAUGAUCACGCUGAUGAUCAUGCUGAUAGCGAUCAAAAUGCUCAUGAUGAUGAAGAUCAAAAUGAAAAAGACACAGCAACUGGUGAUAUCGGUACUCUUCAGCAUGACUCACUCAACCCCGUUGAAGAAGCUGAUCCUGCGGGACAUGAUAGUCCAGUAACUACUGAAAGGUUAUCUGAUGAUAGUGAGCAUAAUGAUGAACACAAAUCUGAUUCUGCGGGGCAUAGUAGUCCAGCAGCCACUGAGAAAUUAUUUGAAGAUAGUGAUGAUGACGAAGAGCGUGAUGAACCUGAUGAUGAAUGUCAAAUUUUUGACAUGAACUUUAUUGAUCCUCUCAUUCUAGUUCAGCAAGAAAGCUUAGAUGAUCUUGAAGAAUCUAUUCCGAUACUUGCCGAUCCUAUUGCUGAUUCAAUCAUUCCGGUCCAAGGAGAAGAUUCGGACAUUGCCAUCCAGGGCUCAGUCUUCUCAACCUCCUCCUAG